AGCCAUCUUCAUCCUCCACCCAAUGAUCUCCCAAUUUGCAUCUCUCUUUCUCUCGCAUUCUUUUCCGCAGGGUACCUCUCUCUCGCUCACUUCAUCAAUGGCUUCUUGUUCUCGGUGGUGGCGUGCACCAAUCUAUUUCACCAUCUCAGUAGUCUUGGCAUUCAUAGCCAUCUCUACUGCCCUGAAUUCUCCAUCCAACAACACAACUCCACCAACCAGACCCAUCAGCCACCAUCUCUCGCUCAACGCAUCAAUUGCUCUAAGGAGAUCUGGCUUCAAUAUCAUGGCUACCCUUUUGCUAAUCUCCCCUGAAAUCUUCCUUUUAUCUCCCAACACCACCAUCUUUGCCAUCAAAGACUCUGCCCUCACAAACGCUUCUCUUCCUCCGUGGUUCUUGAAACAUCUCCUCCAAUACCAUACCUCUCCUCUGAUAUUUUCACUGGAUGAUCUGUUAAAGAAACCUCAGGGUAGUUGCUUCCCUACCCUUCUUAGUCCAAAGAAUGUAGCUGUUACAAAAGUUGGUGCAAGAGAAAGGUUGGUAGAGAUCAAUCAUGUUUUGGUCUCACACCCUGACAUAUUUCUUGAAGGAAAUGUCGCAAUUCAUGGCGUUCUUGGACCUUUUUCUUCACUGAGUUCUCAAGAUUUUGGCAGGGUUUGGGAUUCUAUUCAAGCUCCAAUUUGUGAUGCCAAUUCUAGCUUAGUUUUGGAUGUCAGCGAAACCAAGAACUUGGUUGAAUGGACCAGGAUAGUCCAUUUGCUAAGCUCUAAUGGCUUUGUGUCUUUUGCGAUCGGAUUGAACUCUGUUCUUGAUGGGAUUCUUGAAGAUUACAGGGUCUUGAAUGCUGUAACAAUCUUUGCUCCUCCAGAAUUGGCUUGUGUAGCAUCUCCUUCGCCAAUGCUUGACAAGAUUGUGAGGCUUCACAUUCUGCCUCAAAGGAUUACGUAUUCACAACUUGCUUUCUUGCCGGAUAAAACAAUGUUAAGGACACUGCUUCCUAAUCAAGAAGUUGAGAUAACUGGAGAUCUAAAUGUCACAAAAGGAUUAGCCGUUAACGGCGUGGAGAUUGUAGCACCAGAAAUCUUCUCAUCAAAGGAAGUCAUAGUUCAUGGGAUUUCCCAGGCUCUUGAGGUGGCUGAGCUUCCUACUACGUCAAGAUAGUAGCUUCUAGUUCAGGAAAAAAAAAAAGACCAUAUGAAUAUUAUGCUGCAGAAGAUAGUUGUUGAUUGUAACAGUCAGGUGGUUUAGUUGGCAGAAUACUUGUAGGUAAUUUAGCUGGUGAGUCUAUUGCAUCAUGGUUCUGAUUCUGCUCUACUCUAAUUGUAUGUAGUUCAGAACAAAGAUGUAUUUGGUUAGAGAUCAUCUGUCAUCCGCUUCUCAACUCAUUGAUAACAUGUCAAAA